AUGGCAGCAGCAGCGGCAGCAGCACCCGGCGCGGCGGCGGCAGCUCUCGGCGGUCCGGAGCCCUCCCUCCGCCGCUCCCCGCGAUGGUGCCCCCCGCCGGGGCUCGCGGCGCCGCUCGGCUUCUCCCGGUACUGGCAGUGGCGGCGCUGGGCGAGCCGCCGCCGCUGGGUCUGGCGAGGCAGCGCCGCCCCCUGGCGCUCCCCGGCCCGCCCCCAGGCCCCGCCCCGCAGCCGCCCGGCAGCCGCGACCCCCGAGAGCCCUGCGGGGGUGCCGGCACCGGCAGCGCGCUCGGCCAAGGUGCCCGUGGUGCUCCUCACCCGCAUUGACCCGUCGCUCUAUCUGCGCCCCGGGAGCGGCGGCGAGCGGCACGCCGCGGAGCCUCGGCCGGGAAAGGCCGGGAAUGAUGCGGCUCCGCUCGGCCCGGAGCGGCCGCUGGGGGCCGGCGGGGACCCCGCGCGCAGCGACAGCGGCAGCGGCAGCGUCUCUCGCGUCGGGCAUGACAAGGAGACCUUCGAGCGGCUCUACCGAAUGGGACCGCUGCUGGGAGGCGGCUUCGGCUCCGUGUACUCGGGGGUCCGCCUGUGUGACAACACCCCGGUGGCCAUCAAACAAGUGGCUCGGGAGCGCAUCUCCUCGUGGGGCCAGCGGCGCAGCGGCACCCGCAUUCCCAUGGAGAUAGCCAUGAUGAGGAAAGUGCGCUCCGACUGCAGCACCAUCAUCCAGCUCCUCCAUUGGUUUGAGCUGCCCGACUCCUUCCUGCUGGUUUUGGAGCGUCCGGAGCCAUCGCAGGACCUCUAUGAGUUAAUCAGAAACCGGGGGUUAGUGCCCGAGUCUCCGGCGCAGGGCAUUUUCCUCCAGGUGCUGAGGGCCGUGCGGCACUGCCACAGCCGCGGUGUCCUGCACAGGGAUAUCAAGUCCAACAACAUCAUCAUCCACUUGGUCACCGGAAAGAUCAAGCUAAUUGACUUUGGUUGCAGCACCCAACUCAGGAACAUGGUCUACACCAAAUUUAGCGGAACACCUUUGUACUACCCGCCGGAGUGGUUCCUCUACCACUGCUACCACGGCCGUCCGGCGGCCAUCUGGUCCCUGGGCGUGCUGCUGUAUGAGAUGGUGUGCGGGGUCCUCCCCUUCCGGUGCUGCGAGGACAUCACCAGCGGGCAGCUCUUCUUCAAGCGCCAGAUCUCUGCUGAAUGCCAGCAGCUCAUCAGGUGGUGCUUGAACAUGAAAGAUUGGGCCAGACCAUCCCUGGAGGAUGUGUUCAACCACCCUUGGCUGCAAACUGAACUGCCCCAGGAGACAGCCACACUCCACCCUCACAGCCUGAGCCAGCAGCCAGGCAAGUAA